CUAAUCUGUGUGUCGUGAGGCAACAACAACUAUCUCUCAUCCUUCUUCUUUCUGUAUCCGUAACACUUGCAACACACAUGGCUACAAUCACCAACACUUUCAUAUUCAAACCCCCCAUCUCUCAUCACCCAAAGCAGCUUCUUUAUUCCCACCGCUCUUCUCUACGCUUUCUCACCAAAUUUAAAACCCCCUCCGGAGCGAAUUCUCGGCGGCUGGUUCCGAAAGCCACGGCGGCUCCCGGGGCCAAGAAGACAGAAAAGCCGCACGAGAGAGUCCAGCGAGUCCACAGCGUGGAGGAGUUCGAGUCGGCGCUCGAAUCCGCCAAAGACAGGCUUGUGGUGGUGGAAUACGCUGCCAGCGACAGCGAGGAGAGCAGCCAGAUAUACCCUUUCAUGGUGGAGCUGAGCCGCAGCUGCAACGACGUGGAGUUCAUCCUGGUGAUGGGCGACGAGUCGGAGAAGACGAAGGAGCUCCUGAAGCGGGAGAAGGUGGAGAAUGUGCCUCACUUCAGCUUCUACAAGAGCAAGGAGAAGAUACACGAGGAGGAAGGGAUUGGUCCCGACAUGCUGGUAGGGGAUGUGCUAUACUACGGGGACAACCACUCUGGUGUGGUGCAGCUGCACAACGUGGAGGACGUGCAGAAGCUCAUAGAGGACCACAAGCUGGAUCACAAGCUCAUCGUGCUCGAUGUGGGUCUCAAACAUUGUGGGCCCUGCGUUAAGGUUUAUCCUACAGUGGUUAAGCUCUCGAGGCAGAUGGACUCGGUGGUGUUCGCUCGGAUGAACGGGGACGAGAACGAGAGCUGCAUGCAGUUCUUGAAGGACAUGGAAGUCAUCCAGGUCCCUACCUUUCUCUUCAUCAGAGAUGGCAACAUUGAAGGCAGGUACGUCGGUUCUGGCAAAGGGGAGCUCAUUGGGGAAAUUCUCAGGUACCAAGGUGUUCGUGUCACUUAUUAAUUUUCUUACUACACAUACUUAUUUCUACUUCUAUUAAGUUCAGCUCAACAAACACAUGUUUACUAAACUUUCUGAGAAAGGAACUUGCUUUGCUUUAUAGUCAACCCCUGGAUGCGUAAUAUUAUUUUGUGUUAUUUUCAAUUAACUUCCGCUUAAUUAAGCUUUA